AUGCAUUAUCGCAUGUGGGGAAAGUAUGGAUUUAUGGCCUUGAAGAUAGAUAUGAGUAAGGCAUAUGACAAGGUGGAGUGGGUGUUCUUGGCUAAGCAUUUUGAUACAUAUCUGGGAUUACCUACAUUAGUAGGGAAAGCACCGUCCCGUUGUACACGACUAGAUGCAUGUGCGAAAGUGGAGGAACUAAAGGAUAAGGACUUAGGAGGUUGGAACACUAAGUUGAUGCAGGAGAUUUUUAGUACUAGUGAACUUGAGACUAUUUGUAGCAUUCCAUUAAGUAAAUAUAGCCAUGUAGAUAAGAUGAUAUGGAGGUCAACUAAUACAGGCUUAUUUACUGUACGAAGUGCCUAUUACAUGGAAAAAGAUAGGAUCAAUUCUCUAAAAGGAGAAGGCUCAUCUAGGUCGGGUUAUACGCAUGUGUGGAAAGCAGUUUGGAGUUUACGGGUUCCAAAUGCCACUAAGGUGUUUCUAUGGCGUGCGUGUGCUGAUAUUCUCCCGAUGAAAGAAAAAUUACUGCAGAGGAGAGUUGUUGAUGAAGAUUUGUGUAUUUUUUGUGAACGGGAACAAGAAACUAUGAUGCAUAUAUUAUGGAAAUGUCCCUCAUCGAUGGAUGUAUGGGGUGUGUGUGAUAGGAGAAUUCAAAAAACCCAAGCGCAAAACAUAACAUUUCUGGAUGUGGUGGACAAUUUACUUUUGAGGUGUAAUGGUGAGGAGAUGAAUCUGUUUGCUUUAUUUGCGAAGAGGAUAUGGGCACGACGGAAUACAGUUGUACAUGGUGGAGAGUUCCUUCAUCCUAGUAGACUUGUACAGGAGGCAGGUUUAACUCUUUCCCAAUUUGCAAAAGUGUCUGGUAGAGGUGAGGAAUUUGUAGAUGUGCUGCACCAUGCGUCAAUUGGUAUGGAGAGAUGGGCAAAACCUCCUUUUGGUAGGUAUAAGGUGAAUUGGGAUGUUGCUGUUGAUAAGCAUAAAAAAUGUUUGGGCUGUGGUAUAAUAGUUUGGGACUACAAAGGUUUUGUCAUUGCAGAGAGACUUAAUGCUCUUCAAGAACCUGUGAUUGCGGAAGCUAUGUCAGCUUUAGUAGAUGUGGAAUUUAGUAGGGAUUUGGGUAUUUAG